AUGUCGCCGAAUACCUACACGGUAUCGAAGAGGAAAGGUGCUGCCAUCUGUUACAUCAAAUCCCAGGGUAUCGCCUUCGACAGAGCUUUCCCUAGGUGGGAUCAAGCCCCAGAGUCCCUCGGCGCAAAUACUCUCUCUGCGACCAAAAAGGUCGUCUUCGAAUUUGUGAAGCGAUCCUACACCGUAUCUGCUAUCGAGAAGAGUCUUCAAUCUGUCGUUGAGGUGUGGGAAGGACGUUGGCGGGGUCAAGACACCAACAAACCUUCAGUCAACCAAGUCGAAAGACUCUACAAGCACAUCAGUCAUUCCUCUACACCGGUUGAUCCCAAUCAACCUGUCAUUCUCCCAACACAGAAAUCCAAGAGUACAACACGGAAAUACCGCAAGCGACACUCUCCUACACUCUCCGAACCAUCCCUCUCCCCCUCCUCCCCAUCAUUUGACACCGACGAGAACGAAAGCCAAGAAGAGCAGGAAGCAUGCGACCAGGAUAGGGUAAAGCAGACAGUCAAGAAUCGCAGAAACAAAAACAUAGACUGGGAAGAAGACGAAAGCGAGAACGGCGAAGAAGGCGAGAGUGAGAUCGGCGAAGAAGACGGAGCCGCGGACGGGGACGUCGAGGACGAGGUUGGCACAGGAAGGCGUCCAGAAGAAGAAGAGGAGAUCCGCAGUCAGGAAGGCUUUGACCCCUCCAGCAAAGAACUGCAGGACCCCAAUCUUGACAAUUUCGGCGAUGACGAUCUGCCGCUGUUGAAUUACGACAGCGACAGUAACGGGCGCUCUCCGAGCAGCAGCAUCCCUUACACCCCUCUUCCCAAUAAAUUCCCCCACCAAUCACCAGAUCAAUCUGUCGACGGACCAUUACGAACACAUUCAUUGCCUCCAACCUCAAGGCCUCGUGCAGUACGUGUCCCAAGCGUAUCACGUCGUACAACUCGCCAUUGGAGCGUGCAAACAGAGACCUGGGAAGACAGUGACAUAUCCAUAGAGGUUGGCCGUGGAGCCAGCCACCAAGAAAGAGUCACCGCCAAAAACAGCCUUCGGAACGAAUUCUCCAGUCCUACCCAAGUAUCUCCAAGUUCCCCAGCAAUCUCCUCAUACAGCCAGUCACCCGCCGUACCCACCCUCCGCCGAGAUCCCUACUCACCUACAAACAUGGCUCGUGCGCAAUCGAGGAGCCAGCAGACCACCAUUCGCAUCCCAACACAAAAUGCCCCAGGACCCGCAGAAUCAGCUGUCACAAAAGCAAAGCAAGGGUUGGAUAAAGCCGAAGUCAAGGUCCGCUGCGCCCUCCAGUCCUGGAAAAGCCUCGAAGUCCCUACCAUCACUGUCAAAGAUGCGAAUCCCAGAUCACGGAAGCGAAAAGGGUACGACGUGCCCGAAGAGGAAGCCGAAGACGUUGACAUCGAUGCUAUCGUCGAGGAGCAAGAAUAUCAGGACAAGCGCUUGCUCGAAGCCGAUCGGCUGGCGUAUGAACAGAGGUUCAAGGGCAUAGAUGAGGCGAUGACAUACCGGCGCAAGAAAUUGAAGCUGUAUAUUUGGCAGUGCGAGAAAGCUAAGGCGGCUGACGAGCGCGAGGAGGCGAGGAAGCGCUGGGAGCUGUGGGAUGAGAAAUGCAAGGCUUAUGAGGAUGAAUGUGAAGGAAUGGGGAAUGAGGAUAUUGAUGAUGAAGGGAGUAGUGGGGAGGGGCUGGAUGCGGCAGCAGGGCAGGCGAAUGGGAAUGGGACUAAUGGGCAUCGCUGA